GACCCGAUCUUUCUGUUCUGUGAAGAGGGGUCAUCACCACCAUCCUGUAUCCAGCUCUGUGUACUCCUGUCUGGGGGUGUGAUCAGUGCACAGACAGCCUCUUCUCUCCAGGGUUCUGUGGAUCCGUGAUUCACCCUCAACCUGAAACACACCCGUCUGUUCAUGUCCGCUUUGGACUCUUGUCACCGUUUAUCUUUUAAAAGCGAUAACUCAUCAGUGUGUUAAAGUGUUACGGGAUGAAAUCGUUAUCUCUGCAGCCUCCGUUGAACCGUGAUCAAAGUACGACAAUGCAGGGUACUAGUGCUCUCCGAACAGUCGCUCUUGUUCUCUAUAAUCACCUUUUUUUUGUGGGGGUGAAAACUACAGAAACGGUUUCAGGGAUGAAGCUGGUGAAAACUCAAAGGACAGAAUUCCUGGAGAAUAUCAGUGUUCUGCAGUGGAUCUGGAGCUUCCUCCUGUUAGGUCCGGUUUGUAUUGGAUUGAUGGUGUACCUUUUGUUGACCAGUCUGUGGCCGCUGCCUGUUCUCUACCUCCUCUGGCAGGUGACGGACUGGCACACACCUGAAAGAGGAGGCAGGAGAAGUUCUUUUGUGAGAAACUGGAAAGUGUGGAAUCGCGUUAGGGACUACUUCCCCAUGAAGUUAGUGAAGACGGCGGAGUUGAACCCGAACGAGAACUACAUCUUAGGGUGUCAUCCUCAUGGGGUGUUGAGUAUCGGAGCCUUUGCCUCGUUUAGCACCGAGGCCUGUGGAUUUAUGGACCUCUUUCCUGGGGUGCGCUCCUGCCUCUGCAUCCUGGGGGGCCUCUUCAAGAUCCCCCUCUACAGGGAAUAUGCCAUGGCCACAGGUUGUUGUCCAGUCAGCAAGCCUAGUCUAAAGCACCUUCUGUCUAAUAGUGGACAAGGCAAUGCGGUGGUGAUUGUGAUAGGGGGCGCUGCUGAGUCACUGUUGAGCCUGCCUGGGGUCAACACUGUGGUUAUGAAGCAGAGGAAAGGCUUUGUCCGGGUGGCCCUGGAGUUUGGGGCUAACCUGGUGCCCGUCUACUCGUAUGGGGAGAACAAUAUUUUCCGCCAGGUGAUCUUCUCAGAGGGGAGUGUGGGCUGGAGGUUACAGCAACUCUUUAAGAAGAUCAUGAGCUUUUCCCCAUGUCUGUUUGUAGGUGAACGCUGGUUCUGGAUGCCUUACCACUGUCCGGUCACCACUGUCGUGGGUAGUCCUAUCCCAGUACCAAAGAGGCCUUUUCCCACUCAGGAGGAGGUGGACCACUAUCAUGGCCUCUAUAUGGAAUCCCUGGUCAAGCUCUUCAAUGAACACAAGGCCAGCUGUGGACUCUCAGACAGCCACGAGCUGCAGAUCGUAUAGACCAGUCGUUUAGACGAGGACAAUGUGAAUGACACCGUAGCCUAUUGAUCUCCACACUGAGACUACUUGAAUAAACACAUUACCACUGGACGAUCUGAUCCAGAGAUGUCAACAAUCAUUGAUCCUUGGAUUUUACCCAGGCUCCCUGGCUACUAGCGUUUUACUGAAAACUAGAAUGUCACGUCAUUUGGUCAGAUGCUGUUUACGUAGUCUGUCCACGAGAUAUUACUUUAAGAAUGACUACAUCGGAAUAGUGCAUGUGCUUAAUAUGUAUCAAUACUUUAACCAUCAUUUAACCAUUAUUAAACAGGUUCAAAUUCA